CGCGCAGUAAUAAACAAGUAGUUUUACACAGGUCAAGGAAUGGUACUAUUUAUCGUCUAUAUAUACUUCCGUCAUAGCGCUAAGUUCAAGAGUUUAGCAGCCGUAUCGCCCUCCCUUUUUAGUUCUUGUUUAUUAAUAAAUCAACCAGAUCGGUUUCCGUUGAAACAUGGGUCCAUCCUCCCCUAAGCAGUCCGCAAAGCCUGAACCAACAACGCAACUCUCGUCGUGGAUUUCAUCGGCGACUUUGAACGAUAUACCGGAAGAAAUUCGGGUUCGUGCAAAACAUCUGAUCUUAGAUGGCCUUGGAUGCGGGCUCCUUGGUGCCCAUCUGCCAUCUUCUGAGAAAGCUGCUCGAGCUAUCUUUGACCUAGAGCCUGUUGGCGACGCGACUGUGAUUGGUUGGCCAGAUAAAAAGCUCCCAUCCCUUUCCGCAGCGCUUCUCAAUAGCGCGUUCAUUCAGGGCUUCGAGCUUGAUGACUGGCACAGCGAAGCACCGAUCCAUUCCAACAGCAUUCUGCUGCCUGCCUUGUUCGCUGCUGCCGAGCAUGUAGUAUCCAAAGAUAACAAAUCCUCGCUGGUUUCCGGAUCCGAUAUUCUUCUUGCCACAAUCAUCGGAUACGAGGUCGGCCCGCGUGUCGGCCUUGCGCUUCACGGUGCUCACGUUCUCACAACUGGAUGGCACUCCGGCGCCGUCUUCGGGCCCGCAGUAGCAGCUUCCGCUGUUGGCAAACUGCUUGGUCUCACGCCCGAACAGAUCGAAGAUGCAUUCGGGGUCGCGUGCACGCAAGCCUGCGGUUUAAUGUCUGCACAGUUUGGAAGCGAAGUCAAGCGAAUGCAGCAUGGCUUUGCGGCCCGGAACGGCCUUCUCGCGGCAUUCCUGGCCCAGGGUGGCUAUAUCGGGAUCAAGCGCGUGUUCGAGCAGGAAUACGGCGGCUUCCUCAAACAGUUCAGCUCCGGCAACGGCAUGGAACCUCAGUACCUGGUGGACGAACUGACCAAGGAUCUUGGUGUCAAGUGGCAGACUCAGGGCGUGCGCGUGAAACCGUACGCGUCUAUGGCCGGCACUCAUCCCACUAUUGACUGUGUCCGCAAGCUGCAAGAGCUUUAUCCGGAGCCGAUGCAAAACUGGACCAGUGACAUCGCAAAAAUCACCAUUGAGCUGGGCGAAGCGGCCUUUCAUCACGGUGGCUGGAAAGCCAUCCGCCCCCUCACAAGCACAGGGGCGCAGAUGAGCAAUGCCUACGUUGCUGCAACGCAGAUUGUUUAUGGGGAGGUGCUUGCGGCGCAAUUCAGGCAUGACAUGCUGGAGAAUGACAACCUUUGGAGGCUGGUCGAUGUGACGGACUGUGUUUUGACAAAAGAAAUAGGUGCUCCUCGUGGACGACAGACCGUCACGGUCGAAUUCAAAGACGGCACCGUGUUGAGGCAGCGUGUAGAUUCGGCUCGAGGAGUCGAGCCCCCUCUGUCGAACCAGGAGAUUAUCGAAAAAUGGAGACAGAUCACGAAAGACGUCAUAGACAUUGAGAGAGCCGAAAAGAUUGAAAGGUUGGUUUUGGAGCUGGAAAAGUGCGAUGAUAUCAUGUUACUCCAGGGGCUGAUGGGUGGAUUGACAAAGAAUCCGAUAGCGUAAUUAGUAUAAAUAAUUCAAUAAUGAUUAUAGAAUGACCAUGCAUAAAGGCGCUUUCGUGUGUAAGAAAUCGAAUGUGGGUGCGACGUGGUUUUGAACUAUAUUCCUCAGAUUUUGGUAGGUCAAUACCAAUUCAAGUCUAGAUCUUCAACUUCACCCCAAUUCCAAUUUGGAAGUUCUGAAGGAUCUAAUAAUGGGUUUGGAAGU